UCUCUCUCUGCCUAUUUAGUUUCGUUUUCGUGACAUCGAAUCUUUCAAUACGCAGACCGAAGGGAAAGAACGCAUCCUGAAAUAAAAAUGAGCAACAAAGACAUGGAAGCUACGCUCAGGCAGCUGGAGUGUCUUUUUACAUGGGGGGUAGAAAAAUCAGACAUAAGGGAUUUGAACAGCUUACCAGACAGACUCCAUGAUAGGAUCAGAUUUUGUCCACAAAAGUAUCAUGCUAUAUAUUUCAACCUUCUGGCUUUUAUCAGCCACCUGGACGGUAAAACUGAGAGUGCACUGGAUUACCUUCAAAAGGCUGAAUUAGCAUUAAGGGAAGACCAGCGAAAGAAAGCUGAGUUCCUUGUGACGUUCUCCAGUUUUGCAUGGGUACACUAUCACUUGCAGAGAAUAAAGGAUGUGGAGGAUUACCUAAAAACCAUAAAAAGUAUAUGCAAGGACAUACCAGGUUCAUCAGAUUACUCCUGUAGCUUGUCUGUAAUACAUGGUGAGAAAGGCUGGAGCUUUCUGAGACUUGGAGGAACCUACUAUAAGCAAGCAGAAGAAAGUUUCUCUAAGGCUCUUGAGGCAGAACCACACAAUGUGUUUUUUAAUGUAGGCUAUGCAAUAGUGCUUUACAGGAUAGAUGGCAUGAACAAAGCAAGAGACACUGGAAAAGCCACCGAACAGCUAAGAAAGGCUCUCAGUCUGGAUCCUACAAACACAGAGAUCAUGGUACUUUUGGCUUUGAAACUCCAGAGGUCAAGGAGACAGGAAGCACAGAACCUAAUAAAAGAGGCCCUCAGGUUGUCUCCUGAUGUCCCACAAGUCACCAGAUAUGUUGGUAAAUAUUUCAGGGUAGAGGGUUCCAUUAAAGAAUCACUGUCUGUCCUCACUAGGGUAGUGGAACAGGCCCCAUAUUCCUCCUUCCUGCACCAUCAAAUCGGCCUUUGCCAUAAACGGCUGCACAUUCAGAUGUUGGAGGAGAGGAGGCCCGGUAGACGUGUUCCUGCUGCUCAGAAAUCUGCUAAGGUGGCGGAAUGUAUCCAGCACUUCUCAAAGGCUGUAGAGCUGAAGCCUAACAAUAUUUAUGCCCAGGUUAAUUUAGCAGAGGCCUAUGGGGAGAACCGGCAGUUUGAACAGGCCGAGAAGAUUUUCUGCAGCCUGAUAGAUGACAAGGCUCUCAGUGAGUCUGAUAAGCAGCACUGCUACACAUCCUAUGGUUUAUUUCUGCUUUACAAGAAAAAGGAUGAAAACCAAGCCAUAAGUCAGUUCAAGUCAGCAUACUUGAUUCCUAUUGACAGCUACGAAAGGAAACAAGCUGGCAAGAAGCUCAGACUAAUCGCAGAGAGGAAUCUCCAAACCAGACAAAACAUCAAAGAAGCAUACGAGAUUUUGGCUUUUAUAUCUUCUGAAGACAAGCAGGAGACGCAAGCAAAGGGUUAUCUGCAGAGAGCCCAUCAGCACUGCUCACAUACUGAUGAGCUGUCAAAAACUAAGGGACUGAAAUUUUAACUUACUUGUGCAUACUGUUAUAAAAAAAAAUUACUAUAAUGCUUUUAAUGUGCACUAUAUAUUGUCAGUGGCUGAAUGAUGUUUAUGUAAAUAAUAGUGUACUCUAAAAAAUGCUGGGUUAAAAACAACCCAGCACCGGGUAAAUAUUGGACAGAACACAUGCUGGGAUAUUUUGACCAAGCUGUUUGGGUUAAAUGUUUUUACCAAAAAUGAUGGGUUGUUUUAUUUAAGUCUGUUGUUCAAGAAUUAUUAUAUUACUCGUUUAAAAUAAUAAUAAUAAUAAUAAUUAGAGACAACAGCAAUAAUCAUUUAUUAUUAAGUAACAAAUGGACAAAAUACAAGGCAAUUAGAAUUUACUUGGGUGAAUACAGCAUAGUUUACAAUAUUACAUAUAUUUAAACUCGUUUAACAAGCAUUUUAGACAUAAAAAUGUAACAUUUAAAAAAGAAGCAUUUUAAUUUUCAACCGUUCUCAAUCAUCUUGCCGAUGUCUGAGCCGGUGAUGGGCUUUUGGUCACAGGGGGAACUUUGUGCCUAAAAUAAUAUAACUCAUAGCACAGUAAAGACUUUAUAAAUAAAAAAUAAAAUAAAACGUAAAACCACUCUCUCCUGUAGAGGGCGCAAAAAGCCCGAGCUCUGACUGUAACUCAGCAGCUGGGGUUGUUUCAUACAAUAUGUAAGACUUUUUUAUUAAUAUCCAAAAACUACUAAAAUAGUGUUAUAUAUUUUGCUUACUUGUGUACUUACAUUAUCCCAAAUGUUUCGAAGAAUGUAUAAAUCCAGAAAAAUAAGCAAUUUUAACUAGUGACAAGGAUCUUGUCCAUAGUGUCAUUGUGUUGUCUGCCAAUAGUGUCAUAACCCCUUUGUUUUCCGUUUUGUUUUGUAGAAAACAAGGCUUUAAUAUGUUGUGUUUAAUAUGUAAUAUGUUUAAUAUGUUGUGCAUUGUAAUAGCUGUUAUUAUAGCUAUUAUCACACACUGUGUGUGUGUGUGUGUGUGUUUGUGUGUGUGUGUGUGUGAUCAAUCCAUUAUCAGUGCCGUAGAAUUUUUUGCACUAAUGCUGUGUGCUGCACAAAUCAUCUCUCAUGUUGUUUACCAUGUUACUGAAGGUUGUGCAAAAUACAAUAAACAAUAUAUACAUGA